AUGUCUGCUGGCCAGUCCACAAGCCAAGCUGCGGCAUUGGCUGCUUUUAAGAGCAUCAGCACACACCCUAAAACAGACCAGAAUCCUUCAAAGGUUCAUCAAUCACCUGAACGCAAUGUUAAACGAAAUCCUUCUGGUCGCCUAACAAAUUCAAGAAAUGCUACAGCUGUCAAUGCAAUUAAUAGACUGCCGCCAAAGGCUCCACAAAAGCCCCAACUAUCGGUAGUAACGGCAAGUGGCCAUGAAACGAAGAAAAAUGUUGAAAAUAAUCGUCAACGAAGUAGCUCACCACUGCCAUUGUAUCGAACUACAACCCCUAAACAAAUGACAUCACCUUCUACAUCUUCGGCCAGUCUUCCCCUGAACAUGAUCAAGUCGGUGAAAGACUCUAUAGAGGCCAAAAGGCACGCUUCUGAGGCCAAACGUCUUGCCCAAGAGAACCAGCCCAGUGAUAUGCUCACCAAGAUCCGCCAGUCGAUCAACGAUAGGACGAGAAACAUACCCAACCAAGCCAAGGUGAACGAGAGAAACAUGGCAACCAUCAAUGGAAUUCGCGAGAGCAUAGAGCUGAAACGUAUAACUACUCAGGCCAACAGUAGCAUGAUUGUUCUUGAUACCAGUUCAAAUUCACCCUACAAUUUUGCUCCACCUGACGAACUACGAUCACCAUAUGAGGCUCACUCGCCAAACUACUCAUACUCAUCAUUUGAAUCUGUUCCUCUGGCAUACAGUAAUCCAGAUCUGAACAUCGACCUUCAUGAUCGUGGUCCUGAAACUCCAAGUAUAGUGGUCGAUUCCCCGUUCAACAGCCAGUAUGAUUUACUGUCUCCACGAGAAGACUCCGAUAUCGACCAGGAACGCAGAAAUACAGCGCCAAUUCUCAUUCCACCGUCUCUGAAUGCGUGUGCAAGAUCUGCUAAUUCGGCAGGCUCCGCCGACGAUGCUCGUUCUCAUCUCUCGAGCUUGAAAUAUCAGGUGGAGAAGGAGAAGAACGAAGACAAAAACAAGAAACCAAAAAGAAAACCUCCACCAGAACUCAAACCGACUACAGACUUAGAUGGGGCAUUCUUCUCAGAUAGUUCGUCCUUGAAUCCAGGUAGUUCACGUUCACUGCUCGACGCAGGCUCUUAUCUGACAGACAACGAAAGCAUGGGCCGCAACCGUAUGGGAAGCAACGACAGUGACUUGUCUAAACCUAUAAAACUUCCUCAGUAUCCAGAGUUGGAUACCUCAAGCACAAAGUUUAAGAUCCGCAAACGCCACGGCGAAUCGAACCAGAAUGUUGGAAAGAUGACUGAACUGGGCUCUGAAUCAGAUUUUGAGUAUCCCAAGGCGACUGUUCCUGUUUCGAGAGCCACCGCUCCACCUUUAGUGCAUCAGAAGCUGCAACAUGUCCAGCUCAAGACCACAAUGAGAGAUUCGAAGAAGAAGAAAAAAGACAAAAAACUGUUUGAUGUGGACAAACCAUGGAAGAAUCAUAGUGAUCUUGACCGGAUCUCGGAAGCUGAUCGCAAGAGAUACGAAGGAGUGUGGGCGAGUAACCGGGGAACCUACUUCAAUUAUGUGGUAACUAGAAUCAAUGGAAUUGAUUACGGUAGCGGAGGAGGAUCAGAACAGAAGAUUAUAGUCGACGAAGAAGAUUCAAUGAAGGCGGCAAGACUUUCUGCAAAGCAGCAGGCUGAUACCGUACUGGGUGCAAAUGGUGGCUAUCAAAGUGCCGAAUUUCACAACAUCACCAAUGCCGAGAUCAGUCAAUUAAUACACAGCUCGGUCGUGGAAAGGAUUUGGGAACGAAGCAGGUUACCUUCGGAGACUUUACGUGAUAUUUGGGAAUUAGUUGAUUAUAGAAAGGACGGCACCUUAAAUAAGCCCGAAUUUCUCGUUGGCAUGUGGUUGGUUGACCAGUGUCUUUAUGGCCGCAAAUUGACCAAAAAGGUGCCUGCUAGCGUGUGGGAGAGUCUAGAGGGAAUAGGAGUCAGCGUGAAGAAGAAGGGAAAGAGAUAG